AUGGAAUUUGGAUUUUCAAGUCGCGAAUUUGUCGUUCUCAAUGAAAAGUCAGCUGGUGAUGAAAACGCAUCUGAUCCUGAGCCUAUGUCGCCGAAGUCUGAGUAA